UUCCCAAUAUAAUAAUUUAUUAAUUUUAGAGAAGUAAAGGGUUUAGGGUUUAAGUAACAGAGCACAAAUCGGCUUCUUCCGCACACAACAAUGGUGUCUGUAGGAAAGAAGAAUCGAUCCUUAAGCAGAUCCAACCGAGCCAACGUCAGCACACUGUCCCGAGUCUCUGAUUCUUCGAUCGUGCGGAAAGGAAAGAGCACCGUCUGUGACGCGGCGUAUGUGGCGAAGCGUCUGAUGAAGAGCACCGGCAAGGCGGCGUGGAUUGUCGCCACCUCGUUUAUUGUUCUGGGCCUGCCGCUCAUCAUAGAGAUGGACAGGGAGGCGCAGUUAAAUGAACUCGAGCUCCAGCAGACGUCUCUUCUCGGCACCCCGGCUUCCCAACCUUCCCUCAUGGGCCCCUCCUUCUAAGUGAUUAUAGUCUGUAAUGGUUUUAAUUUUAUGAUUUGGGAACUGGGUUUUGUGUUUUGGAUUUUGAGAAAACUGGAUGAUAUUUGAUGGUAUUAUAAUCUUCAUUGCUAGUAUCAAAAUUUCUCCAUACUUGGAGAUUUUCUUGAAUUUUGUUACAAUCUUGUCCAA